AAAAUGUCUCUACCCGUACCAGUUGUUAUGUAGUUCGAUCACUUCCUCUUGCCGCACGCCCGCACCAGUCUCAGCAUAGCUCUGCUAUAGCUCAAUUUAAGCAGAGAAAGAAGAGAGAGAAUGGGGAAGAAAACAAAGAAGCCGGGAAAAGGCAAAGAGAAGACAGAGAGGAAAACUGCUAAAGCUGAAGAAAAGAGAGCUCGUAGAGAAACUAAGAAAGUCUCUCCCGAAGACGACAUUGACGCUAUUUUGUUGAGCAUACAAAAGGAGGAAGCUAAGAAGAAGGAAGUUCUUGUAGAGGAAAGUGUUCCUGCACCGUCUCCACGCUCCAAUUGUACGCUGAACAUUAAUCCUUCUAAAGACACUGAAUUGAUCCUCUAUGGAGGAGAAUUCUACAAUGGGAAUAAGACAUUUGUAUAUGGUGACCUUUACCGUUAUGAUGUGGAGAAGCAAGAAUGGAAGAGAGUGUCAAGCCCCAAUAGUCCACCUCCUCGCAGUGCUCAUCAGGCUGUUGCUUGGAAGAAUUAUCUUUAUAUCUUUGGUGGGGAAUUCACAUCUCCAAAUCAGGAGCGCUUCCAUCACUACAAGGACUUCUGGGUGUUGGAUCUAAAAACAAAUCAGUGGGAACAAUUGAACUAUAAAGGCUGUCCUAGUCCUCGUUCAGGUCAUCGAAUGGUCUUAUACAAGCACAAAAUUAUUCUUUUUGGUGGUUUCUAUGACACUUUAAGAGAAGUGAGAUAUUACAAUGAUUUGUAUAUUUUUGACCUAGAUCAAUUCAAGUGGCAAGAAAUAAAGCCAAAGCUUGGAGCAAUGUGGCCAAGUCCACGGAGUGGUUUUCAGUUUUUUGUUUAUCAAGAUGAGAUUUUUUUAUAUGGUGGCUACUCAAAAGAGAUUUCAUCUGAUAAGAGCAGCUCUGAUAAAGGAAUUGUUCACUCAGACAUGUGGUCUCUUGAUCCUAGGACUUGGGAGUGGAGUAAGGUGAAGAAAAGUGGGAUGCCUCCUGGGCCACGUGCUGGGUUUUCCAUGUGUGUCCACAAGAAGCGCGCUAUGUUAUUUGGAGGUGUAGUUGAUAUGGAAAUGGAAGGAGAUGUAAUGAUGAGCCUUUUCUUAAAUGAACUUUAUGGCUUCCAAUUGGACAACUGUCGCUGGUAUCCCCUGGAGCUACGGAAGGAAAAGUCAACAAAAGAUAAGUUAAAAAAGAUUCCUGAACAAAGGUGUAACGGGCCUGAUGUAGACAAAAUGAGUGUCAUGGAAAUGGAGGAGACUGCUGCAUUUCCCACAAAUGAUGAUGAGAAUCAAGAUUACCACGGAGAAGCAGCUGGUAUAGAAAGCACCAUAAAUGAAAUAUCCCAGAUUAUGAAAACAAACAUGGAUCUUGAUGAUGGUUCCUCGACAUCCAAACUUGAUGGAAAGGCUGAUGCAUCUAAAGCUAAAAUGGUUCUGCAGAAUUCUGUUUCGUCCGAGGUAGUAAAGCCCUGUGGACGUAUAAAUUCCUGCAUGGUUGUUGGGAGAGAUACAUUAUACAUAUAUGGUGGCAUGAUGGAGAUUAAAGACCAAGAAAUCACGCUUGACGACUUGUAUUCUCUUAAUCUCAGCAAACUUGAUGAGUGGAAGUGUAUUAUUCCGGCAUCUGAAUCAGAAUGGCUGGAAGCCUCAGAGGAUGAAGGUGAUGAUGAGGAUGACGAUUCAAGUGAAGAUGAGUGCAGUUGUGAUGACGACGAUGAUGAAACUGAUGAGGAUAAUGAUGAUGAUGAUGAUGAAGAUGCAGAGGCUGGGAAUGGUGGUUCUGUAUCGCUUAAAGUGGGAGAUGCUGUUGCCAUGAUAAAGGGUGGGAAGAAGAAUCUUCGGAGGAAGGAGAAAAGAGCCAGAAUAGAGCAGAUUAGAGCCAAUCUAGGCCUUUCCGAUUCACAAAGAACCCCAGUGCCUGGAGAAUCUUUGAGAGAUUUUUAUAGGCGAACAAACUUGUACUGGCAAAUGGCGGCUCAUGAACAUACUCAACACACUGGGAAGGAGCUUCGGAAGGAUGGUUUUGAUCUUGCUGAAGCUCGAUAUAGAGAACUUAAACCAAUUCUUGAUGAGUUGGCUAUAUUAGAGGCAGAGCAAAAGGCGGAAGAGCAAGAGGCUGAACCUACUUCCAGUAAGAGAGGCAGGAAGAAGAACAAGUAAUAUUGUGUAUCAAUAGCUCAAACUAUAACAGAAUGUAAAAAAGAUAAUGUUGCUUCGCCGUAAUUAUUUUAUUUAUUGACAUUCCUACAGUCUACAUACUAGUGCACUUGUAUCCAAUUUUUCAGUGCCUGCAAGUGGUUUUUGUGAUUUCAUA